AUGCGCGCAAGCGCCCCGCUCCGCGCGCAGGCCCGCGGCCACACCCAGCAGGGCCGCCUGCCCAAGCCCGAUGCGCCCGCGCGGAAGGUAUUCAACUGCAUCGUCGACGAGUCGGCUUUCCUGGCCGGCGUCAAGAAGAGCACCCGCGAUGGCAUUCGCAAGUGGAUCAACAACGGCGCCAUGCGCCUUUUCGUACCCCUCUACACCCUCGAGCAAAUCGACCGCAUCAAGCGCGCUGGCGGCAAGCCGGCCAACGACGCCCAGGAAGCCCUCCAGUGGCUCGACGACGUCACCUCAAUCACCGAGGUCCAGGCCGCUGGCCUCGUACAACUGCAGGGCGGGGAUGAGAUCUACCGCACCUGGGAGGAGGUCGAGAGCUUCCUGCUUCCCGAGACGCUGCUCUCCAUGACCGAGUCCGCCGACGAGGCCGACGAGCUUGCCGACGAACUGAACAACUCCCUGGCUUCUCUCGGCAGCAACGGCGACAAGGUUUCCGAGAGCUCUCACGGAGGCGAGUCAGAGUCUCCGCGCUCCGCAUACUCUGCCACAAGCCCCGGUCUUCUGAACGCCAUCCCAUACAAGAUCGAGACGGCUGUGAACAAGCAUGGCAAGUCCAGGUCGCGCAAAAACUCGCGCGCCAAUGGGGACAUCAAGGCCGAGCCAAAGAACAAGUCCGUGGUCCCUGUGCCGCUCCAGCCGUUCUACAACCAUGUGAUUUGGCGCAUCCACCACGAACAGAACCCCGACAUUUCGCCAGAGUCCUUCAUCUUGCUCACCAACGACCCGAGGAAGCAGGCGAUUGCCCAGCGCUUCAGCGUCCGUGCCAAGCGUCUGGAGCAAAUCCGUGACAUCAUCGGCCGUGAGGAACGUGACUUCAGGAACAGACAGGCUUGGAUCAAGAAGGAAGAGCAGGAAGACGGCGUCGUGGUGAACGAGCAGAAAUCGGAGGACGAGGACGAAAUCGUCUUCAAGCGUGCGCCUGCGGCAAAGCCCAAGGCGGGACAGCAGCAGGUCUUCGACCCCAACGAUUUCGGCCGGUCCCACCCCAUACCCACUCCCCGUGGAGGCGGACGCGGAGGACGGGGUGGCCACCGCGGUCGCGGAAACUUCGCGCCCUCUGCUGCGCCCACGCCCCGUGCUCCCCCCUCCGCCCCCAAGAACGCCGAGCCUUCUGGGCCCAUCGACCCCGACUCCUACGCCCGCCCGCCGCCGGUUGCCCGUUCGGUCCGUGGCGGCAAACGCAAGCUUUGGGAGCCAGCGUAA